AAUCCUUCUAGGUGAUAUCAUAAAAACAGGUAAAGAAAUGGUCUUCGAUCCGAGAGCCCCGUACUCUACCGACAUGGUAGCACUUAGUAUCUCGUGAUGGCUUUGUCUUACUGGUAGGUGGUGUUUCGCUACCUUGCGUGCUUUGGUGUCGCUUUCUCACGUCGAACACGUCCAACAUCAUCUCUGCAGUCACUUGAGCAGGGCGAACAGAAAAUAUCACCGUGUGGGACACAUACGCGUCUGACACAACUACCGUAGUACACAUAAUGUUCUGCUGCGGGGCAGAGUAAUAUGUAAGCCGUGCCCUUCCGGUACAUAUAUCAAAGACACUCCGGUCCCUGCAUAUAUAAAACUAACAGCAGUAUGGACAAGUCAAGCUCUUUAGUCAAACUUGCGCAAAAGAUCCUUGAAGAGGCAGAGAAAGUGGAAGCUGGUGGUAAUGGCGAGGGGUCCACUGAUGCUCUCUUUGGAGCAACGCAGGAGUUGCAAACGUCUCUACUGACAGCACCGAAGCUACUUGAACAGCACCAGAUCCGCUGCCAAUGUCUCGCUUGUUUGAAAUGGUUGGCGAGAUUUGAUAUCUUCAGUCAUGUCCCCGCUGAUCUCAGUCCUAUUGCCUAUACGGACCUCGCGGCCAAAGCGAAUGUGCCCGUCAGGCGGCUGCAGUCAGUCGUGCGGAUGGUCAUGACGGAUGGGAUUUUUUUCGAACCCUCACCAACGGAAAUUGCACACACCCAACUAUCAGCAUCGUUCGCAGCAGAUAGCUCCCUUCUAGAUUGGGCUUCCUUUAUAUUGAGUUACCAAGCUCCUGUGGCAUAUCAGUUCACUGAAGCAACAGUCAAAUGGCCCAACCCGGUAGCCAAGCACGAGACAGCGUUCAACCUGGCCCUCAACACCGACUUGACUUUUUUCGAGUACUUGGAAGCCCAUCCAGACAUGACAAAGGCCUUCGCAGGCUACAUGCGUGGUUUGCAAAGAAGCCGAAUGGGCAAACUCCAGCACGUUGUCGAUGGCUUCGACUGGGCCAACCUGGGCGAAGCAAACAUAGUCGACGUUGGCGGUUCGACUGCACACGCAUCUAUUGCACUAGCCUCCGCCUUUCCAGACCUCCACUUCACCAUCCAGGAUCUCCCCGAGGUAGUCCAAGAAGGCAAAGCCAAACUACCCCAUUUUGCCGACGCCUCUGUAACCUCACGCAUCAACUUCUCGGUCCAUGACUUCCUCACACCUCAGCAACCCCUACCCAAUGGUCUCAAACCCGACAUCUUCUUUCUCCGCAGAAUCCUACACAACUGGCCCGACCACCAGGCCCGCGAAAUCCUCAAUCACCUCGCCGUCGCCCUACACGAUAGUGGUAAUCCCCACGCCCGCAUUCUCGUCAUGGAGUCGAUUUUACCUCUCCCCGGCACCCUUCCUCGCUUCGAAGAUGCCUAUUUGCGCGUACGUGAUCUGACCAUGAACCAGCUGUUUAAUAGUAGGGAGCGUGAGUUGGAGGAGUGGAGGGGACUUUUUGCGAGUACGGAGCCGAAGUUGGAACUCAGGGGGUGGAAGCACCCGCCUGGAAGUGACAUGGCGGUUAUGGAGGUGGCUUUGGUCGGAGGGGAAUGA